AGAGCCGUCUGCUGUUGCCACAGUCAGUGCCACACGUGAUGGAGACACUACGGAUGCUGUAUGGACGACCAGAAAUCCUGAUCCACUCCCUGCUGCAAAAUUUGCGAAAUGUACCGUCACCGAAAGCUGAGAAUUUGCAGUCAAUCAUCAACUACGGGAUGGCCGUACGUAAUCUUGUCGACCAUAUGGAUGUUGCAGAUCUGGUGGAGCACUUGCGUAAUCCAAUGUUGGUGCACGAGCUGGUCGAGAGGCUGCCACCACAAAUGCGAAUGCAGUGGUCUUGGUACAAACGCUCGUUUCCAGACGUCAACCUGGCGACGUUCGGUGAUUUCAUGACGGAGUUAGUAAAGACAGCGACAGAUGUUACGAUGCCCAGAGAUGCUUCAAUGCAGCAGGGCAAGUCUGUCAAUACCGGACGAGAGAAGCAGAAUCUAUACGUCCACACGGAGGCUGAUAAUGGUCAAUUAGCAGCAAUGAUGACGAAAGAACCGGAGAUUGUAAAGAGGUCGUGCGCUUACUGUUCGGACGACGGCCACGAAGUAGCACGAUGCCCUCAGUUCAAGGCAUUAGAUCUGGAUGGGAGGUGGAAGGCGAUACAAGCAAAGGGGCUUUGCCGAACAUGUUUGAUUCCGCAUCGCAGGUGGCCGUGCCGUUCAAGCAAGGAGUGUGGAGUAGAUGGUUGCCGUUUUCGUCACAAUGCUUUUCUACAUUCACGGGCAGUGACGGAGUCAGCCGCUGCUCAUCCGAAGCCCAGCGAAAACGUCGCGCGACAGAAUCAUCAUUCUGCGACGAAAAUUUCACUGUUUCGCUAUCUACCAGUAACACUUGAGGCGAACGGAAGAAAGGUCGAAACAUUCGCAUUUCUUGACGAUGGAAGUGAGUCUACGUUGAUGGAGGCCGGACUAGCACAGGAGUUGGACAUCGUCGGCCCCGAAGAAUCUCUCUGGCUUUCCUGGACCGGGAACAUAUCUCGGGAAGAGAAGGGUUCACAACGAAUCUCAGUUGCUAUCUCGGGAACUGGACUCAAGAGUCAAUACCAGCUGAGCAACGUACGCACGGUGCAGAAGUUGAAACUACAAGGUCAAUCGUUCCAGUAUACCGAGCUUCAAACGAUCUAUCCACAUCUAAGAGGACUACCGCUACAUAGUUACUCAGAGGCAGUACCGAGAAUCAUCAUCGGUAUCGAACACGCACAGAUGCUCACUACCCUAAAGGUGCGAGAAGGCAGAGCCAACGAACCAGUUGCGGCGAAGACGCGGCUUGGCUGGUGCGUGUACGGUAAACAGGUCGACGGUAACAGUGCCGUAACGCGGCUGCUUGUGCAUUCAGAGGAACACCGGAACCGUGAGCUGCAUGAGCUGAUGAAGCAGUACUUCAGCAUCGAGGAGGCGGCGGUAGCUACUCCGUUAGAGUCGGAAGAAGAUAAACGGGCUCGCACAAUUCUGGAGAGAACAACAAGAAGGGUCGACGGUUGCUUCGAAACUGGGCUCCUGUGGAAGUAUGACCGACCGUCGUUCCCAAACAGCUAUCCACUUGCAGUGCGCAGGAUGCAGUCAUUAGAGAAGCGACUGGCCAAAGAACCUGGCCUCAAAGAACGUGUGAAUGAUCAGAUAGCAGAGUACGAGUCAAAAGGAUACGCCCACCGAAUAACACAGGAGGAAGUUGAGACAACAAACCCGGAUCGUGUGUGGUACCUGCCGCUCGGCAUCGUGAGGAACCCGAAGAAGCCACAGAAAAUCCGCCUGAUUUGGGACGCUGCAGCUCGGGUCCACGGCGUUUCGUUCAACGACAUGCUCAUCAAAGGACCAGACAUGCUGACGUCACUGUUCACGGUUCUGCUACGGUUCCGUCAGCGAUCAGUUGCCGUGUGUGGGGACAUACGAGAGAUGUUCCACCAAGUUCGGAUCAUCCCACAAGACAAGCAGUCACAGCGGUUCCUCUAUCGUGAUCAUCCAGAUCAGCCCCCUCAGGUCUUCGUCAUGGACGUGGCAACGUUCGGUGCGACAUGUUCGCCGUGCUCCGCACAGUUCGUCAAGAACACCAACGCCCAGAGUUUCGCAUCGCAAUUCCCGAGAGCCGCAGAGGCGAUCGUAAAUGCCCAUUACGUCGAUGACUACCUUGACAGUGUAGAUACGAUCGACGAAGCGGUCAAGUUGGUGAAAGAUAUAAAGUUCGUUCACGCUCAAGGUGGUUUCGACAUCCGGAACUUCUCGUCCAAUUCGGCGGAAGUAUUACAACGUCUGGGCGAGACCGAGAACGUGAAGGAGAAAUCAAUGAUUCUGGACAAAUUUCCGGAUAUGGAGCGUGUUCUGGGGAUGGUAUGGAAACCAACGGUUGACGUGUUCACCUUUGAUACCACUCUGAAAGAUGAUCUCACGACGCUACUGGUAGGAGGAGACACGCCCACAAAACGACAGGUGUUGAGGCUCGUUAUGUCGCUGUUUGACCCUUACGGGUUUAUCGCCCACUACAUCAUUCACGGCAAGAUCCUUAUGCAGCACAUUUGGAGAUCUGGCACAGACUGGGAUGAAAAGAUUGUGGAUGAACUACACGAUCUGUGGAACGACGGGACACGUCUUCUGAAGCAAUUGGGUGAAGUAGAGGUUCCCCGCUGUUUCUUCGGUACGGCAAAUAGUAAGCUGCACAGCGGGAUACAACUUCAUGUGUUCGUCGAUGCGAGUGAACUAGCGUAUGCUUGCGUUGGAUAUUUGCGUAUCGUCCACGAUAGGGAAGUGCGAUGCGUGUUAGUUGCAGCGAAGACAAAGGUGGCGCCGCUUAAACCGCUCUCCAUCCCCCGCUUAGAGCUGCAAGCCGGCCUGAUAGGCAGCCGAUUGAUGAACAACAUCUGCAAUGCUUUGGAUCUGCCCAUAGAUAAGCGGUUCGUUUGGACAGAUUCCAGAACAUCUCUUUCGUGGGUUCGCUCAGAUAGUCGGCGCUAUCAUUCUUACAUAGGUUAUCGUGUCGGCGAGAUUCUGAAUUCUUCUACCGUCGAUGAGUGGCACUACGUUCCAUCGAAACAGAACGUGGCCGACGACGCCACAAAGUGGGGAGUUGGACCUAGCUUCAGUGCAAGUAGUCGCUGGUACACGGGUCCGGAUUAUCUCCUCUUGCCGGAGAACGAAUGGCCGGAGCAGCCGGUGAACCAAUGGACGACCGAUGAGGAGCUUCGUACCAAAUUCCAGCAUCAUCGAGUAGUGCCGCAACCUUUGAUCAACGUGAGCAGAUUCUCGAAUUGGAAGCGCCUGCUACGCGCGACGGCGUAUUUGCUACGUGCAGUGAAGUUGUUCCGAAAACGAGGCCAAUCGGGACCACUGACCAGCGAGGAGUUGCUGCAGGCUGAGAACUUGUUAUGGAGACAGGUGCAGUAUGAAACGUUCCCCGACGAGUAUUGUGUGCUGGAGUUCAACAAGGCCAACCCUGAGAAGGAGCAGAAGCGAAUCGAGAAGAGCAGUCAGUUGUACGAACAGUCGCCGUUUAUGGAUGAUGUGGGCGUAAUAAGGAUGAAUAGCAGGAUUGGUGCUGCUCCCACCGUACCCUUUGGAGUGAAAUAUCCAAUCAUCCUACCGAAGGAUCACAGUCUGACAGCCCUUCUGGUCGACAGUUACCACAGACGAUUCAAACAUCAGAACCGUGAAACGGUGUUCAACGAAAUACGUCAGCAGUUUCGAAUCCCGAAGUUGCGGCCUCUGAUACAACGUGUCGCCCGGAGUUGCCAGAUUUGCAGGCUUCGGAAGUCAACACCACAACCACCGAUAAUGGCACCACUUCCGAAGGUUCGGUUGACACCCCACAUCCGGGCAUUCAGCCAAACCGGAGUCGACUACUUCGGCCCAAUCCUUGUGAAACAGGGUCGUAGUUUGGUGAAACGCUGGGUGGCACUUUUCACGUGCCUUACUACACGAGCGGUGCACCUGGAGAUAGUGCACAGCCUUUCAACACAAUCGUGUGUAAUGGCAAUCCGCCGGUUCGUUGCGCGCAGAGGAUUCCCGUCGGACCUAUAUUCAGACAACGGGACCUGUUUUCGAGGAGCUAGCAACCUAUUGACGGAGCAGAUGGAAGACAUCCACGAACACUGCGCUGUGACCUUCACCAAUGCCAGAACCAGCUGGCACUUCAAUCCCCCAUCUGCACCUCACAUGGGGGGCUGCUGGGAACGGAUGGUGCGUUCUGUGAAGGCAGCAAUGGGAGCCAUCUCAGAACACCCUCGUCAUCCAAGCGACGAGGUUCUGGAGACUGUAUUGUUGGAAGCCGAAGCGAUCGUGAACUCACGGCCGCUGACCUAUGUACCACUCGACAACGAAGACCAAGAUGCAUUAACCCCGAACCAUUUUCUAUUGUACGGCUCAAGUGGUGUGGUGCAACCGCGGACUUCACUAGAGGCCAACGGCGCUACGCUACGGGACAGCUGGAAGCUUGCCCAGUAUCUAGCAGACUUGUUUUGGAAACGCUGGGUCCGUGAGUAUUUACCGACGCUGACUAGACGGACUAAGUGGUUCGAGCCUGCGAAGCCUAUGGAGCCCGGAGAUUUAGUCGUUAUCAUCGAAGAAAACAAGCGGAAUGGGUGGCUGCGAGGACGUGUCGUCGAAGUCAUGCGAGGCAAGGAUGGUCAAGCUCGAAGCGCAGUGAUACGCACCGCUGAUGGGAUUUUGAAACGACCAAUGGUGAAGCUGGCGUUGCUGGAAGUUCGCGAUGUUCAGAAACAAGGACCCCCGGAACUACACGGGAGGGGGAAUGUUGAAAACCGGCAAUCUGUCAGCACUGCAGAGAGUAGUGUGAAUUCCGGACGGUCCCCUUGUCAGUCAUCGCAAAAACUAUUGAAGCGACGGACAAUAGCUGACAAUAGCAAACGAACGCCACGAUCGAUCACAUGUGUCGACUGUUCGCCGAGUGAUGGUGCGUGUUUGAGCUAAUUGUGCGAAAACCGUAUAUUUUCAUGUGCCUCUGCGUUCCUCCGAGCUGAUAAUACGGGUGAAUUGUGCCGAUACCCACGAAGUACGAUCCGUACGGAGUCGCUCGAUGAACCAAAAGCCAUCGUACAGCUACAGUGAUUGCCGAAAUAGUUGAAUUGAGUAUACAGACAGGUCAAAUUGCGUGUUUUGGAUUUACGCCUACACUUGUGAGUAGAACCCGUUGUACCUAAGCCUAAAUUGAAUUACCCUAUGUUUUUUUUUUUUUUUUGUCUGUAUUAACGAGAUUUUUAACCCUAGGCUAGUUCAUCUCGGGACCCACGUUUUACUUCCCUUCCGAAGGAAGAACCCACAUUUUGUGAGUAUGUCGGGAGUGGGAUUCGAUCCCAGGUCCUCGGCGUGAUAGUCAAGUGUUCUAACCACCACACCAGGUCCGCUCCACUACCCUAUGUUAAAACCUACUUACCUAAUUGAAAUCCUAGUUAAAAUGUUCCUUAUAACGAUCAUGCUAAAAUUUCUCUUAAAUAAACUUAAAUAUAUACAUGCAUUUGUUAGGUGUAACGAACAUUCGCCGGCUCGAAUGAAAAUAGUUGAGGGUCGAGGUUUCGUCAAAUUUGGCAGUAGAACACUGAAUGUAAGUGCACACAUAUUAUUGUAUUCAAACCUAAAUUUAUAAAAUCUCUAAUAAAUUACAGCUUUAAGCUGCUUCUGUAUGAACUGCUAAACAGAAGUGUCCACACCUGCCCCGAAACCAUCCGAAUUCUCAACAGAAUCCCUAAAUGAAGUGCAGGAGAAAUGUCUGGAGGAAUUCAAUGAGGAAUCCAGGUGGAAUUUCUGAAAAAUUCUAAAAAGAGUUACCAAAUAAAUUCGUCGGAAUAUUAGUAGGAAUCCCCGAAACAAUUCCUUCCUAGAAAGAAGUCCAGGAGGAAACCCCGAAAGAAAAUCUUGGAAGAAUCUCCGGAGGAAUUCCCGAAAGAAUUCCAGGAUAAAGCCAGGAGGAAUCCACGAAAGAAGUCCAGGGAAACCUCUGAAAAAAGUCUAGGAAGAAUCCCCAAAGAAAUUACAGAAGAAAUCCCUACAGGGAUUCCAGGAGAAUGCUCAAUUGAUUGAUUGAUUGAUUUGUCUUUAUUACAGAGACUUUCAGCCCUUGGUUGAUUCGUCUCUUGUGAAUGCUUGAAGUAAUUCCGGUAGGAAGGAUUUGCAGGAGGUAUUCUCUAAAGAAUUCCUGGAAUAACUCCAGAAGGGAAUCCUUGAGGAAUUUUUGGAGAAACUCCAUUAAAGAUCCCCUAAGAAUAUCCUGAAGAUAUGCCUGAUUAUAAUCCUUAGGGAAUAUUUGAAGAAGCUCCUACAAGAUACCCUGAAGCAACUCCUGUAGGACUUCUUGAAUGAGCUUCUGGAGAUAUCUGUGAUGUAACUCCUGGAGGCAUCCGUGAGUCUUCCUGGAAAAAUCUAAAUAUCAAUCUACAAUCUGAAAGAACCCCAGGAGAGAUCUCUGGAAGAAUUUCCGAAGGAACUUCUCGAGCAAUCUCCUAAAAAUAUUCUGAAGGAAUCUUGGAAAGAACUCUUAUAUGGGAAUCUCUGAAUUCUCCUGGAGGUAUCCUUGGAUCUUCGUAUAAGUUUCUAUGUAGAACUUCUGUAGAGGUUUCUGAUGGAACUUCUGCAGGAAUCCCUAAAAAAAAUCUGGAGGAAUCUCUGAAGAAACAUCUGCAAGAAUUCCUGAAACUCCUGGAAAAAUCUCUGAUGGAAUUCCUGGAUAGAUCUCCUGUAGGAAAUGUUAAAGGUACUUCAGAAGGAAUCUCUGCAGGAAAUCUGCAGGAACUAAUUUCUAAAGACCUCCUGCAGGAAUUCCUGAAGAAACUACUCACGGGAUUUUUGAUAAUUCUUCAGGUGGCAUUUAUGAAUCGUUCUGCAAGAAUGUUUAAAGGGACUUCUGGAAAGAUACCUGAACGAACUCCCGUUGAAAUAGCUUAGGAAACUUCUGAAGGCAUUCCUAAUGAUCACGUGGAGGCAUCCCUGAAUCCUCCUGGAACUAUUAGGAAAAUCCCUGAACGAGCUCCUGGAGAGAUCACUGAAGGAACUACUGGAGCAAUUCUUGAAAAAAAGUCCUGAAAGAAGCUCUGAAAAAUUUUCUUGAGGCAUCCUCAAGGUAUUCCAAGAGGAAUCCCCGAAGGAAUUUCUAGAGGGAUUCUUGAACAAAUUCCAAAAAUUUCUGAAAGAUCUCCUGGUAUCUAGUUCCUAAGAAAACUCCUGGACUAGUUCCUAAAAAAAACUUCUGUAGGAAUUCCUUAUGGAACUUCUGAAGGAAUCCAUGAAGAAACUUUC